AUGAAUACCCUGGAGGAUCAAGCCGAGGCCGCUAUCAAAGCUAAGGACGUAGCCGAAGAAAAAGCGAGUGCUGCUGAGGCUACAAACAAAGUCCUUCAGGCCCAGCUGAAAGAGGCCGAGGAUAAGACGGCCAAGGCCCAAAAAAAUCUUGAAGAUGCCUUGGCUAACAAAGAGGCCGAAAUCAAGGCCGCCGACGAGAAGGCAUAUGCCGAGGGGAUGGCCGAUGUCACAGCGGACUACGAAAAGCAAGUGAAGCAGGGUGAUGAAGUUCCCAAAGAUGCUACUGCUGAAAAGGCAUCAAUCGACGUGCCCCUUGCCGACAAAAGCCUUGACGAAACCCUUCAAGAAAUUGAUGUCGAGCUUGUGGCGGAAAAGGCUGCCGAGGUGUCUUCCCAACAAUCGUCUGAACUUCAAACCCAACCAACUGCUACUGCUGAGGAGUCUUAG